CACCACACACGCCCUGUUAUCUGGGACUUGCAAGGGGAGCAGCCCAGCAGUUGCUGGUGUCUGUUUAGGACCCCCAGCACUGCCCUCACCAAGCAGCACCUCCCAUGGGAAGAGGUGGACCGGAGGGGGCUGCUGCCCUUCUGUGACAGAGUGCUGACUCGGCUCCCCGGACCUCGGCAGGAUGGAAGAGAAGCUGAAGAAAACCAAGAUCAUCUUUGUGGUGGGUGGGCCUGGCUCGGGGAAGGGCACCCAGUGUGAGAAGAUUGUCCAGAAGUACGGCUACACCCACCUCUCCACCGGGGACCUCCUGCGGGCCGAGGUCAGCUCGGGCUCAGCCAGGGGCAAGAUGCUGUCGGAAAUCAUGGAGAAGGGGCAGCUGGUGCCACUGGAGACCGUGUUGGACAUGCUCCGAGACGCCAUGGUGGCCAAGGUGGAUACUUCCAAAGGCUUCCUGAUCGAUGGCUACCCUCGGGAAGUGAAGCAGGGGGAGGAGUUUGAGCAGAGGAUUGGACAUCCCACGCUGCUGCUGUAUGUGGACGCAGGUCCCGAGACCAUGACCCAGCGGCUCCUGAAGCGCGGACAGACCAGUGGGCGUGUGGACGACAACGAGGAGACCAUCAAGAAGCGGUUGGAGACCUAUUACAAGGCCACAGAGCCUGUCAUCGCCUUCUACGAGAAACGGGGCAUUGUACGCAAGGUCAAUGCCGAAGGCUCCGUGGACAGUGUCUUCUCCCAAGUCUGCACCCACCUGGAUGCCCUCAAGUAGCGAUGCGAAGCCCCUUCCCCACCUCACAGCCCUGCCCCGCCCCUGCCCUGACCGGAGGCCGUCCUGGCCCG